CGUACCGGUGCGUCGGGCAGGACACCGUGUCGCGCGGCACCGCCGCGGUGACACCGCGUGGCUGGGGUGCAUAUCGUGGCGACCACGCGAUAUUUUUCUUUGUCCUUCUCUUUACGAACCGCCAAGGCUCGACGGGCAACUGCGGGCGAUUAUUAUGGGGCAUUUGAGCGGCGGCUAAAUGGGGGCCGAUGGACAUUUUCGCGUGACCUUGUCCCUCAGGAGGGAACCGGGCGCCGGUCCGGUUUUCUGCAAGAUGGAAACGUCCGCCAGGUUCCGGCAGCUGAAGACGGUGAAGCUGAGCUGCGAGACGACCUACCGGCUCGACAUCAGCUUUAAGCCGCCGCAACUGCUGCAGUCUCUGAGCAUCGGCGGGAAAUUGGUGGAGGCGGUCGAACGCGCGAGGAACGCCACGGCAUGCGCCUACAGCGCUUAUCACAGCACCAAGGAUAUCACGGCGAGUGCGCGUGGCCAUCGGGAGGAUCUGCCGAUCGCGAUGAGGGUCCUCGGCUCCGGCUUCCUGACUACCUGCCUGCAGAUCAAGUACUACCGGCUGGAUGAUCAGAGCCAUUGCGAGUGGGGCGCCCGGUUGCACUGCAUCGAGCUCGAUUGCUCGAGCGUCGAGGGACGUCUCGUCACGGUGGAUCGGGAGACCUACAGAAAGCUCGGCAUAGAAUCUUAACGAAACGCCAUCAACCGUCUCACCGGCACCACCGGCUCGCUGCCGGCUCGUUGCACCAACGACGAGGAGGAACCCGACGCCGCGCCGCGCCGCAAUCGAUGCCUCUCGCACGCGAUCGGCUGAAUACUUUACGCUCGUAAACACAGGUUGUACCAGGGCUUGUAUUCGGAUGAGUUGAGGCCCGUACUUUUUUUUUUGCCUGGACAACCCCGACAUAAGCAUAAAGAUAGAAUCGGUAAUAGCGAUAACGAGUCUAUAAAAUUUGAUAGCUUCUACUUUUUAAUUUGAAAAUUAAAAUUACCAUAUUAUACAAAUUUUUUCAUUGCUAUAAGGAAUCUAAAAAUUUUGCCUACUUAAUUGCAUAAAGCUUGCCUUAAAUAUGGCCCUUCGAAAAUAGGUUCUGGGAUGAUAAAGUUAAUCGUCGUGAUAGAUUGUGUGGGAUGAGAGAAACUUCGUUAGAAUGGUACUUUCAAUUCAGUGCGAUGAAUAUAAAUUGCGUAGAAAUUUCGUGUAAGUAUUAUCACGAUCGACGGGUAAUUGAGAUUGAUCAUCGCCAGUUGGCUAGCAACAUUGCUAAUAGCGCGGUGGAUUAGGUUAUUUAGAGAAGCCUGGCACAAACUGAUCUUUUGAGGCUUCCUCUUCAUCGGGGACAUCGAAACUUUAUAUCGAAAGGAUCGCCUGAACGAAAUUAAAUAUCGUUAUUGUAUUUUAAAAAAUUAAAAAAUUGAGAUUUAAAUGUAUCUUAUAUUUAGAAGUUUCCACAGCGCUUCUGUGCGUCAUAUAUAAUAUCGAUUGUAUUGCACAACUAGUAGUGUAACAAUUUUAUAUAUUCUAAUUUCGAUGCAAAAUAAACGUGUAAAGAACACAGUUGUUAAA